GCUCCUCUCCUGUGCUGCGCAGCCUUGCCCUGCUUUCUCCGCCGACCCACCGGCCACCUCCCAUCACCACUCAGUCAGAUCCAGUGCUCCACCUACCUACCAGCUCCAGCCGCCGGCGAUGGCCGUGUCCUUACCCGUCCCGAUCCCGCCGGCGCUCCUCCACGCGGCCGCGGCGCUCGCGCUCGCCGCCGCCGCCCACUUCCUCCACCUCCCUUCCCUCUUCCUCUACGCCCUCCACACCUACAUCCACCCGGACGCCGUCCCCUCCAACACCCCGCGCGCAGUCCUCCGCCCGCCGGGCUCCAACGCCGGUCCCGCCCCGGGUUCCUCCAAGCGCGGCGCCGCCAAGGACAAGGACCCGUUCGACGCCACUUCCGCGCAGCUCUACCGCCUCCGGCUCUCCCACGCCACGCUCGCCUCCCGCCCCCAUUUCGCCGCCUACCACCUCGCGCUCCUCCUCCCGCUCGCGCUCCUUCUGCCCGCGCUCCUGCUCCCGGCCGCCCCCGGGGCCUCCCCGCUCGCGCCGCUCGUCCCCGCGGCCUACCUCUUCGUUGCACUCCUCCGCCACGUCGUCGUCCCGUCGCCGCGCCCCGCGCUGCUCGCCGCCGCGCUCGGCGCGCUCCUCGUUACCACUCUGCUCUCAUCCAGCCCCUUCGCCGGCGCGCUCGCGUCGCUCGCCGCGCUCCCAGCCGCGCGGUUCGCGCGCGCAUUCUGGCUUGGCACUGACCAGCCCCGCACCGGGCUCGCCGUGCUAUCGUCCUCUGCGCCGGCGCGCCUCAUCUUCCACCUUACCGUCCUCGUCUCCUCCACGGCCACGAUCCUACGAUGCUGCGGAUUCAUGGAUGGCGCGGAACAGGAGGCGAAGCUGCUCGCCGCCGCGGCUGGGCUGCAGCUGCUGGCGGCGCGGCCUGCCGUGCAAAUGUACCUCAAUGAGGCUGUGUUCUGCUGGUACCAGCGUCUGCACGCGAGCCGUGCGCCGGACACUGAGUACGGCCGGGCCAAGGUUUUCUUGCACAACCACCACCUCUGCGCCGUGGCCACGCAGCUCGUUGCGCCGCCACUGCUCGUGCUGUCGCUGCUUGCAUUGUGGCGGGUUCAAGGGAAGGACUUCUUUGAGGGCUUAGAGGGGAUGUACUGGCUUGUUGGAUGGUCUGUUGCCAUGAAGGAGGCCGCAUUGCUUGCGGCCCGGUGGAUCGUGGCUGUGUGGUCGGCGGCGACGGUGAUCACACUCAUGUGCUACAAACGUGGAUGGUUAUUCGUCUCGUGAUCCUUUCUUCUCUUGCUUCCUGCCUGCGUGAUUGGUUCAUAUGGAGACCGGAGUUGUGUACCUGUGUUUGAUAGAGUGAGAUCCCAACCUGGAUCUCUGGAGUUCUGGUACCACGGCACAAGUUUUUGUGUGCACUGUUUAUUUUGCAAGAGAAAUGUUGGAUCAAAUUCUUUUGAUUUCCUUGUGUCUGUUCUUACUGGAGAAGCAAUUUGAGGUCAGAUUUUUUGUCCGCCCUUUGGGGUGGAGUAAUGUAACAGAAAACUGACUGGCCAGUCACCCUGUUGUACCCUUUGAUUGAUGGAUAUCAAUGAAUCAUAUUCUUCCUUUUAUGAUCA